AUGCCUACAAAUGAAACGACCCGUUCAAAAUAUGUUCGGGUGUUGAAAACAGUACCACCGCAACCCACAGCCACCAAAUCAUCUAGUUCCAAAUUGUUUUUAGCAAAAAAGUCCAAUAUUGCUUUCCCAAUUGACUUUGUCGUCUCUGCAGCUGGAGUUACGUGGCCAAUAUUGAUAGAUUCAGUUAUCCAACUAGCUAAAGGAGAAAAUUUCAGCGUAACCCCACAUACAAUACCUACAGAAGAAACCAUUUCGAAUAUAGAAGCCGGAAUUGAAAAACCUCUACGUGAUGUCAAAGAAGAGGUAUGCAGUGAAUCGGCAAGAAUUCUACGGAAAGCCAAACCACCAAAUAGUAAUAUUUCAGGAGGCGAGAAGGCAGCUAUAAGAAGUCUUAAUGAAGAUAAAAACAUCAUAAUUCUACCCGCCGACAAAGGAAAUACAACAUUCGUCAUGAAACACAUCGGACUACAGGAGCAAGUUGAAUGA